GCCAAGAGAAAAUGAUAACAACAAUACUCUGGUUGAUCUGCUUCAAUUUAAUACUCUUGUAUAUGUUUCUCGUCUGGAAUUUUGACUAUUGGAAAAAACGUGGUGUCAACGGUCCCAGACCGAAACCAUUUGUGGGCAACUUUCCAAGUGUGUUUACACAGAAACGUCAUAUCGCCUUCGACAUACAAGAAAUAUAUGAACAAUACAAAGCCACAGAUAACUAUGUGGGCAUUUUCAAUUGCCGGACACCACUGUUGAUGAUAACAAGUACCGAUUUGAUAAAACAAAUAUUGGUCAAAGAUUUUCAAAAUUUCCGUGAUAAUGAAGUGUCGACAAUGGUUGAUGAAAAUUCUGAUUUUACUUUGGCUAAUAAUCCAACAGCCAUGAAAGGAGAUGAAUGGGUUGAACGACGAGCUGAAAUUGUACCUGGAUUGGCAGUGCCGAGGUUGAAGUCGGGUUUCUCGGUAACAUCAAAAAUCUGCAAAAAAUUAGUGAGCUACAUUGAGAGAGAAAAUAAGAAGACAGGAUCUAUGACAAUAUUUGAUAUUAAUGAUCUCACGUUACGUUUGUCCUGCGAAAUUGUUACCGACAGUAUCUUGGGCCAAAAAGCUGAUGCAUUUUCCAACAAUAAACCCCCAGCAAUGGUGGAUCACAUCAAAUCGUAUUCAGAACAAUCAUUCAUACACAUUAUCUACAUGGUACUUACGGGCCUGGUCCCGGCUCUCAAGAAAUACAAAAAAUUGCGUUUCGUAAGAAAGCCAAUAGAGAAAUUUUUUAUUCGCUUCAUUCACAAUUCAUUCAAAAAGAGGCAACAACAUAAGGAGCAAAGAAAUCGUUCCGAUUUCCUCAACUAUUUACUACAGUUACACGAAAGUAAGCGACUAAAGGUGGAAGAAUUGACGGGACACGCCUUGAGUGUACUUUUAGAUGGUUAUGUGACAAUAUCUCAAGUUAUAUCGCACUGUUUGCUGCUGCUAGCGCGAGAUCCGGCACGCCAAAGAAUGUUGUUCAAGGAAAUAAUUGAAAAGCUGGGCGAAGGCAGCGAUUUUGAGACCGUUUCGAAUUUGGAAUACUUGAAUGCAUGCAUACAUGAAACCAUACGAAUCUUCCCGCCACUCACGUUUAUGGUUAAAGUCUGCACUAAGCCUGCUGAAUUGAAAAAUAAGAAAGAUGAGGUGUUGAAAAUAGCUCAAGGAACUGCAAUUUUGCUGCCAAUUCAUGCGAUUUUAAAUGAUUCUGCAUUAUACACUCAACCUGGAAAUUUCAUUCCUGAACGAUUUCUACAUGGAAAUUUAAAGAGAUGCAAGGAUAAGGGACUUUACUUAGCAUUUAGUAAUGGACCGAGGUCGUGUUUGGGUAUGAACUUUUCAUUGAUUCAAAUAAAAGCAGCUCUGGUGGAAAUUAUUCGCAACUUUGAAGUCAUAAUUAAUCCGAAGACGCGAAGUAACAAUGAAUACAAUCCCAUUCAUUUGCAGUCACAACUAGAAGGUGACAUUUGGCUGGAGUUUAAAACAAUUAAAUAAAAAGUUUAGUU